CAGAUCUUGACCCAUUAACACGGGAACCGAUGUCAGAGCAGUGUCGCUUUAUAUAUUUUUAGCUGGUAGGCGGGAGCGGGGUUUUCGUUGAGUGAAUCGGUGAGCGGUACGUCAAACGCCGUACGCGGAGCAUUCGGCAGGCUCGCCGAUCGGGUCAUGCACACGAGAAAAUGACAACUCGAGGGAUUCGACGGAAGAAAUCAUCGCUGUCCGAAGUGAAAGUGGCAGUGGUCGGUGCACCAUCGGUCGGCAAAAGCGCGCUUACUGUUCGAUUUCUCACAAAAAGAUACAUAGGCGAGUACGACCAUCAACAGGAAAGCAAAUACAAACACGAAGCACUCUUAGAUGGAGAGCCCAUACUUUUUGAAAUUUUAGACACGUGUCCCAAGAGUUUGGAUGAUCUUCCAGGGAACGAAAUAGCACAAUGGGCUGAUGGCUUAUUCCUAGUUUAUUCAAUAACUGAUAGGGAUUCAUUUAACUAUGUACGGAGAGCGAAGCAGAGCUUGCAGCCCGAAGUGCCGCUAACCCUCGUCGGUAAUAAGGCGGAUAUGGUGCAUUUGAGACAGGUGAGCCCUGAAGAAGGAGAAAUAUUAGCUAAGGAUUUUGAAUGCAGCUUUGCUGAAGUUGCAGCUGCAGAGCAGGUGAAUCAAGUAGGCGAAGUGUUCCACGACCUUUGUCGUGAAGUGCUCACUCACAGGAGGAGAGCGAAACACAGUCUGCUAGACAGGAUGCUGGGCUCGAAGACGGCGUACAGAGUCUACUCUCGGGGGAAAAGUGACAGCGCAUUACCCAAAGACUAAAAUAAUUAGUUUCAGCAUUUAGUUGUACUGUUUAAAUUUCCUAUUUAUAUUUCCGUCGAUUAAAAAUAUUAUUUAUGUAAGCGUUACCAGCAUUAUUUUAUACUACAUUUUUUUAAUAAUUUAUUUAUAUAAACAUUAUCAAAACAAAUCAAUUCAAAAUAUAUUUAUUCAAUUAGACUUACAAGUACUAAUAAAUCCUCAAGUGUUACCUUACCACCGGUUCGCAAUGUAAAUUCUACUAAGAAGAACCGUUAAGAAACUCUGUAGUUACUCUUUUUUAUUUUUUGUUUAAAUCCAAUUUAGUAUAAAUUACGUACACUUAGUUCCAGCACGAGAUUCAGCAAUCAUAUUGAAACUAUCUUUAUUAAUGCUAUUAGAUUAUAAAAUAUAAAUGAUCAUUAUAAAUAAAUAUAUUUAUAUAUUGUAUAUAAAUAAGCUCCAAACCUUCUCCUCAAAAAGAGGAGAGGAGGCCUUUAGCCCAGCAGUGGGACAUUCACAGACUGUUACGGUACGGUAUAUAAAUAUAUUAAUUUAAUAAAAAUAUCUAUAUAUCUUUGAAAUAAUAUAAUAUAUAUCGCCUCAAAUCAUAACAUUUGACUAGAACGUGUUUCAUUCUGGAUACGCAAAUUAAAUAUAUUUAUUAUAUUAAAUGUAAAAUACAUACAUGGGUUCGUAUAAUAGUAUAUAGUGCUAUUUAUAAAUUACACAAGUAACAAUUUCAAUUUAUUUUUCAUCAUUAAACAUAACCUUCACAUAACUCAAAAGACUCGUAACUCCAUAAACUUAACAAUAGUUGUUUAAGAAAAAACUUGGUGUGUAAUCUGAAGAUAUAAUAGUAAUAUAAUUUAUAAUGGAACCCAAAUAAACUUUUAAAUAAUAUUUCAAAUUUAUCAUACGUUUGUAAUGUUAUGCACAAUUUUUCAGUAUUGCUCUAUUUCGAAAGUGAAAGAAAAUAUAGUAAAAAAUAAAUAGUAUAGUAAUGUGAACGACUAAGUAUAAGUAAAUAGUUUUAAAAAUGUUGCUACUUAAAUGAUAAAUUAGGUAAUUAGUAGGUGUGUAGUCAUUUAAAUAAAAAAUAUAUCUUAU